AUGGAACAACUAUUCGGAUUGUCCAGCAGCAUCAUCACGCCGUACAUUCCGCCGGCAAUUGCCACGCUGGCCGUCCUCCUCAUCCUCCUCGAACAAAUCUCUUACCUCCGCAAGAAACGGUCCCUCCCCGGCCCCGCCCUCGUCCUCCCCUUCCUCGGCGGCGCUCUCUCCAUGGUACGCGACCCCACCCGCUUCUGGUCCCGCCAGUCCUCUUACGCCGCCUCCUCCCCCCUCGGCAUCUCCGCCAACUACCUCGCCGGCCGAUUCAUCCUCUACCUACGCUCCCCCGACGCCUCCCACCUCGUCUUCUCCAACGUCCGCCCCGACGCCUUCCACCUCGUCGGCCACCCCUUCGGCCGCCGCCUCUUCGGCGACCACAACCUCAUUUACAUGUUCGGCGCUGCCCACAAGGACCUCCGCCGCCGCAUCGCCCCCAACUUCUCCCCCAAAGCCCUCCGCUCCUACGCCGCCGCCCAGCACCGCGUCAUCAUCCGCCACCUCUCCGCCUGGUGCGCCGCCGGAGGCGGCGCCGUUCCCCUCCGCAUCCCCUGCCGGGAGAUGAACCUCGAGGCGUCGCAGACGGUUUUCGUCGGGCCCUACCUCGACGCCGCCGCCCGGCGCCGAUUCAACGAGGACUACAACCGGUUCAACGCCGGACUUAUGAGCCUCCCAGAAAAUCUCCGCGAAGAGGCCGGCGCCGCCGGCACCGCCAGCUGUCGGGAGAUCGGCUCCCACUUGUUUGACUUCCUGUUCGCUUCCCAGGACGCGUCCACGUCGUCCCUCCUGUGGGCGGUGGCGUACCUGGACACCCACAGGGACGUGCUGGCUCGGGUGAGGGAGGAGGUCGACGCCGUGUGGGGCCCACGCGGCGGCGCAGCCGCCGCCUUCGCCCCCCUCUCAGUGGGGGAGCUGAAGUACACGGAGGCGGUGGCACGUGAGGUUGUGAGGAUCAGGGCACCGGCGACGAUGGUGCCCCACGUGGCCGGGGAGGAUUUCCGGCUUGCCGGGGACUACGUGGUGCCGAAGGGGACGAUAGUUUUCCCGUCCGUUUACGACGCGUGCCUGCAGGGGUUCGAGGAGCCGGAGAGGUUCGACCCAAACCGGUUCAUGGAAGAGGAGCGGGUGAACCGGAAGAACUACCUGGCGUUCGGGGCUGGAGCACACCAGUGCGUGGGGCAGAGGUACGCGAUAAACCAGCUGGUACUGUUCGUGGCAUUGUUCGCGAGCCUGGUCGAGUUCCGGCGGGACCGGACACAAGGGUGCGACGAGAUCGCGUACGUGCCGACUAUCGUGCCCAAGGACGAUUGCCGGGUUUUCAUCUCGCCGAGAGGCGGCGCUUUUCCGUCGCUGUCGUGA